CUAAAACAAAGGUUUUCACAUUUUGUGUUGGAGGCCAUUCCAUUAUUCCAUUUUCCAAACAACAAACUUCCUUCAUUGAUUCUCUCUUUGUUGGAUUUCCUCUAUGGAGGAAGUUUGAAGUUCAUCAAUGGCAUCAUCAUAGCAAGUAUUGAUUGAUCAAAACAAGUUUCAAUAAUGGGAGGAGAGAAAAAUGGGGUGGUAUCACCUCUACCCAUCUCUAUCUCUCUCCUCCUCUUUCUUCUAAUCCUUUCCUUUGCAAAUCCUUCGUCUUCACAACCGCAUUCAACACCAUCUCUUUCUUUCAAUCCUGCUGACAAUUAUCUCGUGGAUUGUGGCUCAGCUCAACCUACUAAGCUCGAGGAUGGACGUACGUUUAAGUCCGAUUCGCAGACCGCUUCGCUUCUUUCUACGGAUGAAGAUAUUCAAACUUCAGUUUCUUCAAUUAACAAUAAAGAUGCUGCUAGUUCUUCUGUGUCACCUUUGUAUCUUACAGCUAGGAUUUUUUGUGAAGAAUCCACGUACACGUUCUUUGUUUCUCGUCCAGGGCGACACUGGGUUCGUCUCUACUUUUUUCCUGUUUUUCAUCCUAAGUAUAAUCUAACCACAGCUUCAUUUUCCGUGGUUACGGAUAAAGUCGUUCUCCUUCAUGAUUUUACUAUACCCAGUGCUGAUACUCCGGUGUUUAAAGAGUACUUGGUUAAUGUUGCUUCUGAUAGAUUCUCCCUUAAGUUCUCGCCCAAGAAGAAUUCGUUUGCGUUCAUUAACGGGAUCGAACUCGUUUCAGCCCCGGACGCAUUGGUAUCUGACUCUGCCACUGUUUUACCUGCUUCUGAUUUUAAAGGUUUAUCUGAAUAUGCACUUGAAGUUUCUUACAGAUUGAAUGUUGGUGGUCCUCUUAUAAGUCCUGCGAAUGACACAUUGAAAAGAUUAUGGCUACCUGACGACGGAUUUAUGAAGCACCCCGAAGCAGCAACAAAUGCUUCUGUUACUCCAACUGCGGUUAAAUAUCCAGAAGAUGGUGCAACCCCAUUAAUUGCACCAAACUGGGUUUAUUCUACCGCGAAACAGAUGGGAGAUUCAGCAACUGUGAACCCAAAUUUCAAUCUCACAUGGGAAAUGGGUGUUGAUCCAACAUUCUCAUAUCUGAUAAGAUUGCAUUUCUGCGAUAUCGUCAGCAAGACCUUAAAUGAUUUAUACUUCAAUGUUUAUGUCAAUGGAAUUAUGGGUUCUUCAGGGCUCGAUCUUUCAGGGAAAACAGGAGGCCUUUCUACAGCCUAUUACUUAGAUUUUGUGCUCAAUGCCUCAAGCAUCACUAAUGGAACCGUCAGAGUGCAAGUAGGUCCUGGAAGGGUUGAGUCUGGAAAUCCUAAUGCGAUACUCAAUGGCCUAGAAGUCAUGAAAAUAAGCAACGAAGCUGGAAGCUUGGACGGGUUAUUUGCUGUAGACGGGACCUUCGUUGGACCAAGUAGAGGAGUUACUACAAUGAAGAUUAUCGCGGGUGUCGGUCUUCUCAUGGGAGUAACAGCAAUGUUAUUGCUUGCCUCAGUUUUUGUACGUUGGCAUAAAAGGCCGAAUGAUUGGGAGAAAUGCAACAGUUUCUCAUCAUGGCUUCUUCCUCUCCAUGCCAGUCAUUCCAGUUUCAUGUCGAGCAAAAGCGGGUCUCACCAAUUUGGUUCCAACAAAAGUAAGAGCGGCUACUCGAGUUUCUUCUCCUCAGCACUUGGAUUAGGCCGAUACUUCACCUUUGCAGAAAUCCAAGAAGCCACAAAGAAUUUCGACGAGAACGCUGUGGUGGGUGUUGGUGGAUUUGGUAAAGUCUACCUCGGUGAACAAGAAGAUGGAACUAAACUCGCUAUCAAACGUGGUAGUGCGAGUAACGAACAGGGAAUCAAUGAAUUCCAAACUGAAAUCCAAAUGCUUUCGAAACUUCGUCAUCGCCAUCUCGUAUCUUUGAUUGGUUACUGUGACGAGAAUUCAGAAAUGAUACUUGUGUACGAGUACAUGGCCAACGGUCCACUUCGUGAUCAUCUUUACGGAUCGAAUCUCCCUCAUUUAACUUGGAAACAGCGGCUGGAAAUCUGCAUAGGUUCAGCUCGAGGACUGCAUUACCUUCACACAGGUACUGCACAGGGAAUCAUUCAUCGUGACGUUAAGACCACGAACAUCCUUCUUGAUGAGAAUUUAGUUGCUAAAGUCUCUGAUUUCGGGUUAUCUAAAGCUGCACAAAUGGGUACUGCUGUAAGUACUGCAGUAAAAGGUAGUUUCGGGUAUUUGGAUCCUGAAUAUUUUAGACGUCAACAGCUAACUGAGAAGUCAGAUGUUUACUCAUUUGGAGUAGUACUUUUCGAGGUUUUAUGCGCAAGACCUGCACUGAACCCAGCAUUACCAAGAGAACAAGUUAACCUGGCUGAAUGGGCAAUGCAAUGGCACAAGAAGGGUCUACUCGAGAAAAUAAUUGACCCUAAAUUAGCAGGCACUAUCAAUUCUGGCUCUCUAAAGAAGUUUGCUGAAGCAGCUGAGAAGUGUUUAGCAGAUUAUGGUGUUGAUAGACCUUCAAUGGGAGAUGUCCUAUGGAACUUGGAGUAUGCUUUACAGCUUCAAGAAGCUUCAACAUCAACACCUGAACCAGUCGAUGAUAUGCCCAAAAUCAAGGCUCCGGAUCAACCGAAGGAAAAGGAUGAUGACGACAGCGAUGAGGCUCCAAUCAUUACUAUUACUGACAACUCCACUAUAGCAGAUUCACCUUUGUUUUCACAACUUGCUGGCUUUCAAGGAAGGUAAACAAAAAGAUUGCAGUCAUAAUAAAGAUUAAGAGAAAGUUUAGCCUUGUUCGAUCUUUCCUCGGGUUGAUUCUGAAACUGUUCUUAAGACGACCAUCUAUCUUUUUUAUGUAUUCGAGUGGGUGCAGAACGCAUUGUGCAGCAACUCCAUUGAGUUUCAUUUCUUUCUCUAUUUUUUUUCCUUGGUUUUCUUUUGUACUUAUUGUUUUUACUUUGUUCUUUUAUUCAUUAAAGUUUACCUGUUAAUGAUAUAAACUUCAGCAUACUGACCUUGGCAAGGUUCCUUGGAACUUUAUCAUGCA